CCGUGUGACCUGAUUGGGAGAGUCUGUUCAUUUUCAUUACUUGCUUUGAAUCAAACUCCAAAAAAUGGUGCUGGUGCUUUCGAGCAAGGUUAAUGGGGUUGGUCGUCUCUUUUUAUCAGGUUGGUUACCAAAUACACACAGAGCUGUCACAGUUGGUCUGAGAACAUUUGAUAUUCCCCCUGAUAACAGUGGGGUUAGCUUGAAGGACCGACCCAAACUGCGCUUUGUUAACAAGGUCCCUGAUCUUGUUAAGGUAAAGAAAGAGCCAAAAAACUUAAAGGAUAUUCGUGGCCCAGCAAAAGAGGGUCGGGAAUUUGAGGAAGGAGAGUAUGGCAUUGUAGCUUUAGGUGGUGGUUAUUUACAUUGGGGACACUAUGAGAUGAUGCGUCUGACACUGAAUCGAACACUUUCACCUCGUACAACCUUUAGUCGUUGGUUGGUGGCCCCACCUCACAAGCCUGUAACCCGAAAAGGUCUUGGCCAACGUAUGGGUGGUGGAAAAGGUGCAGUGGAUCAUUAUGUCACUCCAGUCAAGGCUGAUCAACUAAUCCUUGAGGUGGGAGGUCGCUGUGAGUUUCAGGAGGUUCAGCCAAUACUAUCCCAAGUGGCAAAAAAAUUACCAUUUCCAGCACAGGCUGUAAGCAAAGACAGUCUAAAAAAAGUACGCCAAGAAGCAGAGGAGAAAGAAUUAAAUAACCAAAAUCCAUGGACUUUUACUCGUCUAGCAACACGAAACAUGAUGGGCUGUAGAAAAUGGAUAAGUGCAUUUGACGUUCAAAAUAAGGGCAGGUACUGGGGCAAACGCUGCUUACCUAAGCGUGUAUAAAUAAUUGUGUAAUGCAUUCAUAAAUAUAUAAAGCUUACUUUACAAUUCUUGAUUCAUUUAUGAAGAAUUCAUAUUUUGUACUGUGUAAUGGUGUUCUUGAAUAAAAUUUAGUUUUCAGUC